AGGUAGUUGAGAAGAACCAAAUCAAAUUCCAACUAGAAGAAUAUCAACGGCGCCCAAAACGUUUGCAGAUAACCACAUGAAUCCAUUACAUUAAUAAUGGAAAAUUUUGGCACAUCAAGACAUGGAACUACUAGCAGAAAUGGCGAUGCUUCAAUUGAUGUGGAGAGUCUCAAUUGGGCCGCUUCACCAUGGCAAACAAGGCCUAGAAGACAUGGAAGACCACAAGUGGAGGUACUUCAACUAUUUCAUGCAGCGGAGUCAAAAGAGUUUGGAGGAAUUGGUCAAGUUCAUGGGGGAAAAUGAAGAACGAAUCCGCGGAUAUUAUGCAGAAACAAUCAGCCUCAACAGUGACAAAUUUUUGGAAAUUAUUCUUGUGGAUGCUGCAUUUAUCAUUGAAGUCCUAUUGAGGUACUGGUUUGAUGAUUUAAUAACUCCAAAUGAUCGGAUAUUUAGGAAACCGUGGAUGAUUAAUGAUAUAAGCCAAGACUUGUUAUUGCUUGAAAAUCAACUUCCGUUUUUUGUAAUCCAAGAUCUUUUCGAAAUGACCAAUAUAAACUUGGUCUUUAAUGAAAAUGAGACCUUGUCCUACCCCUUUAUUUGUCUCACCCUUCAUUGGUUUCUUAAUUCAAACAAAAUACAAGAACGUCCAGUUCUACAGGAUAUUAACCCCUUAGAAGUAAAACAUUUUCUUGAUUUGCUAAGAAGUUGUCUCGUACCAAGAAAAAGUUUGCGACAUACUAAAGGGAAAUUUGAAUUUAUACCAAGUGCAACAGAGCUUCAUGAGGCUGGAGUGAAGUUUAAGGUAAGUUCAAGCAAAAGUUUAUUUGACAUAAAAUUUAGCGGCAAUGUUUUGGAAAUCCCACAGAAAAAAAUAAAUGAUUCGACAGAACGUUUGCUACGAAACAUUAUUGCCUAUGAGCAAUGUCAUUGUAAAGUUAAGUUUGUGACUGAUUACACCGUGAUUUUGGUUUACCUUAUCAACACUUCCAAGGAUGUCGAGUUACUUGUUAAAGCCAAAGUUGUUGAGAACUGGCUAAGUGACAACAAUGAUGUGUCAAAUCUCUUUAACAGACUUGGCAAAGAAGUUAUCUUGGACACUAAUGCAUAUUAUUUUACUAAACUUCAUAAAGAGUUAAAUGACUACUAUAAAAUUCGUGGCCACAAGUGGAAGGCAACCUUGAGGCAUAACUACUGCAAUACUCCCUGGCAGGUCUUAUCUAUUUUUGUGGCUGCUAUUCUCCUUGGACUCACCUUCAUACAAUCAUUAUGUUCUCUAGCAAUGCCUCACACCAGAAAUAUUGAAGAGAAGGUCUUAAAUGGAGAAGUGGAAUUCUUUGGAAGAGGACUUCAACCAGAUAGCAAGCCAUGUGAUUAUGAGUUCCUGCAACACCUGAAUGUUUAG